AUGGAGUCCUUUCUACCCCGCGGCGGCUUCCAGCUGCCUUUCCAACGUCGACUUAGUAGGCUAUACAAUGACACCAAAAAGUCAUCCGACUUCGUCAAGGAAUCGGCCCCGAGUCCUGAUGACCCCGAUAUCAAAGCUCUGCAUCGCAAGCUGCGAAUACAAAAGGACCGCUUGGUAAGCUGGGGCUUAGAAUGGUCCGAUCCGAACCAGGCUGCAGAGAUUGACGAAUCACUAUCUAAAGCGGGCCUGAGUGAUCUCGUAGGUAGUAUAAUGGCUACUAUCAAAGAUAUACUUGCGGAAGCCGAACCUCUGUGGCUUGCUUCGAGACAGGCUGUUGGAAGCGAGAAGAAGUCGGAAAAGGGGAUAGGUGACCGAAAGACUCCUUUAGUAGUUUGGGAUAAGAAGAGGUUCGAGGACCUCGUCAAGGAUUUAACCGCAUCUAUCGAUACACUCUGUGAUCUUUCUCGAACGCGAUCUUCUGCGGCUGUAUCGCGGGUUGCAGGUCAAUUUAAACCUAUCGCUUCGACCGAAGACCUACGGCCUUACAGUUCUACGAGGAUUCGAACACCUCAACAAAUUGAUCUGCAAGCUCUCACAAAUUUAAGAUCGAUGCAACCUGCAUCCGUCUCGGAGACGGAGAUGACACGAGAUCGACCUCAAGAGAUAUUUUUUAUGGGCAGGCAGGCCCACGGGGAACCGAGUCAUCGGCAGGGACCGCAGCCUUGGUCUCCCCUCCUCGUUGAAUAUGCACCAUUCGAUCCGAUAUACUCGGCCACCGGUAUCAUGCCCGACAUGUCUCGGUUUGAGAAGCUAAGUGCCGGCCUCCAGACGGAUUCUCAAAGGUCUCCUGGUUCGUGGAUCGGUCUUCCUCUCCUUUUAGGAUAUCAUGAGGAUAUGAGACAAUCUAGGUUGGCACUGAUCUAUCAGUUUCCACCUGGUUUCAAUCCGGUGACUUUCGAAAACUUUACCCAGAAUCCUCUCGAUAACUUGUGUACGCUGAAGGAGCUUCUAAACCGACCGGAUUUCGAACCGAUGUUGGAAGCCAAGUUCCGCCUUGCCCAUAAUUUGGUCAAUACGGUAUUUGAUAUGCACGCGAGGGGAAUUACCCACGGAAAUCUUAGCGCGUCUGCCAUAUCUUUCUGCAAUACUACCGGAAACGAUCCUGAUUUACCUAUGGGCGAGGUAGAUGUCAGGAGACCUCUAGUAUCCUCUUUUGAUAUAUUUCCCGAGGAAGAUGCACGUAAUUCGCCCCCCUCUACCUUUUUAUUACAUCGUCAUCCGCUCGAUCCCCGAACAACCACUCAAUCACCCCUUUCUUCAAAGAGCGAUACUAGGACAUUAGACCUAUACUCGCUAGCCAUGAUGCUUGUAUCUAUCGGCCUCUGGACUCAACUCGAGAAUCUCGUUCCGGACCAAGCGUCGCCUAGCAUAUCAGAGUCCGUUCUGAGACAACUGGCGAUACGUUGCGGCACGCCGUAUAUGAAAGCUGUCCAGGCAUGUUGGAAUGCGGUUGACCAAGAGCUUUCUCAUCCUGGUUCUACCGAAGAGAUUUUAAGCCAAGUGCAAAUCAGAGCUAGCCGCUAUCUAGAAGCUUGUUGCAUCUUAGACGGAAUAAGUGGAUUGGAUGAACGAAUAAGCGAAGACCCUGAUAGGUUUUCGGGAAGAGAAGGAAUAGUGGCUGAGUCUUUAGCAGGGCCGUCUGUAAGCGCUCAACCGACUCACGGAUCAAGUCCCCAAGUACCAUCACAGCUGGAGCGAACAGGAAGUGAUAUCAAACAACCUCCUGAGCACGAAAAGCCUCUCGAGAGUACAUCAGACCGUCCAAAGGAUACCCGACCCAAGCUUCGACUAUAUCCUCAAGUAUCGCUAUCAAGCGAGACGAUUGAACAAUGGCAUAGCACCCUCAUGCCUCAAAUUAACCUAGCCUUACGGCACUUUUAUCGCAAAAAUCCAGAGUCUGUCGAGAUCUCAUUGGAGUCUAUUGGCGAGUCGCCCCAGAAGACCAAGCCGACGGUAUUAGUUAUCUGCACUUCAGUGAGCAAGGUCCGAGCUAUAUUGAAGAAGAAACUUGGUGUGUUUUUUGAUGGGACGACAGAAUUCGGGCUAAAAGUUUGUCGUGGAUCUAUGGCACGCUCUAGGAAAGGACCCACGAGGAGUAUGGCCAAGAGCCAGCAUUCAAUCUCUUCCGAUAGAAAUAACAACGAAAGUGAAGGUGACGAAGAUGACUCUGAAGCCGCUAACCCAGGAUAUCAAGAAAGACCGCAAAACGGCGCAAGCAUUGGCGCGUGGGUAGGCGAUAAGCAUCUCCCCCCUGUCAGUUUCGGGGGCUUAAUCAUCGUCGACGAUAAGCCAUACGGGAUGACAGUUCACCAUAUGUUAGAUGACCCAGACCCGACUGGUCAGUUGGAUCCUUCUUAUCAGACCGAGCCUAAGCGCGCCAACGCAUCUCCUCGCAGCAAUACGGCGGUAUACCAAGCAGAAGGCGAGUCAUCGGUGGAAGAUAGCAGCGACGAAUUUGCAGGAGAGUUCUCGGAUUCCGAAUCUGAAUUAUCUCUCACCGAUAUUACUAGUGACGAUGAGGAAAGCGAUGAGGAAGAAGAGUUCACCGAGCUUGGAGAUAUCCCAGGCGUAGAGCCCGGCUGCGGAGAUGGAUAUAUAGUCACACAGCCUGCCUUUGACGACGUACCGGAAGGGUUCUAUCCCUCAGAGGAUACGAUGGAUGAGGACCAUCUCGACACAUAUAGGCUUGGUGAGAUGUACGCCUCAUCUGGGAUACGUAGACGUAAUGAGAACGGGCUUGUUCACGAGAUUGAUUGGGCUCUAUUCGAUUUCCAGGAUGAGAGGCUACCCCCGGAUAAUCUCAUUCCUCGUGCUGCAUCCAGCAGUUUCCGCUCUACGACUUCAAUAGGGAACAUUCACCCAACAGAAGUUGUUCCAGCAAAGUCUCUGCCAGGGCUGGAGGUUCAAUGCAUUGCACGCACAAGCGGAUUACAAAUGGGUCAGAUUUUACCGGCUUUGACUUCUGUCAAGAUUUAUGGUCGAUCAUCUCCUAGCCAUACCUAUCAAGUAAGCGGUAGAUGCUCGACAGUCCGGGGAUACCCAAUUCCCGCUACCGAAGACCCGCCUAAAGUAUAUCCUCGGACUAGUCUACCGCUAGGUAUUCCGGGUGAUUCGGGCGCUUGGAUAGUUGAUCGACCACACGGUCGCCUCUGCGGACACGUCCUUGCGUGGAGUGGGCGUAAAAAGGUUGCUUAUAUAUGUCCUAUGGAAGUGCUCCUCCUCGACAUCGCAGAAACCUUGGAAGCGCGUGACGUACGGCUCCCAGGCGGCAAAGCCAUAAUUAACUUUGCCGGACAUGAGACAGCUGAAGUUUCCGACCUAGACGACUAUAGCGAGCGAGAUAGCAUUGCGGAGGAAGAAGAAGAAGAAGAGGAUGUCCCCCCACUACGCGAUAUCCGCAAAGCAGGGGCUGGCUCCCAAAUAGGAGGUGCCGGCGAGUUAAAAGCAUCAAAAAGGCUCUCCGCUAUCAAGCGUCAACAGCUCUACGGCCACCAUGACGAGGGCAGCAGCGCUCUAGACGCCGAUAUGGAUAAGAUGCACAUAUGA